AUGACCCGCUUCCGUCCCGACAAAUGGCUGGCCCAACUUCGACAAUGCAAACAUCUUCCAGAAGCCGAAAUGAAACUCCUCUGCGAACGCGUCCGGUCAUUGCUCAUUGAAGAAUCCAACAUACAACCUGUUUCAUCACCAGUCACCAUCUGUGGAGACAUCCAUGGCCAGUUCUGGGACCUGUUAGAGCUGUUCAGGAAGGGAGGAGAUGUACCAGAUACGAGCUAUAUAUUUAUGGCACGUAGGUUCUUCCGUCUCACUAGAAUGGGUGACUUUGUCGAUAGAGGGCAUUAUAGUUUGGAGACAGUAUCGAUGUUACUCGUGUUAAAAGCGACCUAUCCAGACAAGGUCACCCUAUUACGCGGGAAUCACGAAUCGAGACAGAUCACGCAGGUGUAUGGUUUUUACGACGAAUGCCAACAAAAGUAUGGCAGUGCGUCCGUGUGGAAGGCCUGUUGUAGUGUGUUUGACUAUCUCAACCUCGCAGCCAUCAUUGAUGGCUCUGUACUUUGUGUCCAUGGUGGUCUCUCGCCGGAUAUCCGAACAUUAGACCAGAUUCGCGUACUUUCAAGAGCACAGGAGAUUCCACACGAAGGCGCUUUCUGUGAUCUGAUGUGGUCCGACCCAGAGGAGAUAGAUAAUUGGGCGGUCAGUCCGCGAGGAGCGGGAUGGUUGUUUGGUGGGAGCGUCACCCGGGAGUUCAAUCAUACAAACUCCCUCAGCCUGAUCGCGCGCGCACAUCAACUCGUCCAAGAAGGCUUCAAGUACAUGUUCGACGAGGAGCUCGCUACGGUCUGGAGCGCACCAAAUUAUUGCUAUCGGUGUGGCAACCUUGCAAGUAUCCUUACUAUCGCUCAAGAUGGUGGGAAGUCGUUUAGUGUCUUUGGACCGGCGGAGGAGAACGAAAGAGACAAUGUUGGUGGACCGGGUGGGAUUGGCAAGCGGAGGACGGGCAAUAUGCCGUAUUUUGUCUGAGUUUGUCCUAGAUCGCCUUACCGCCAGGCAGCGUUUUGUUCGAUCAGAGAUCUUACAGUUCUUCGUGUGUAUUACGAUUUCUCUCAGUUUAUUCCUGGGUGUAAUAUAUGCCGCUGUUCUAACUCC